UUAUCGGCCAUUUUUAAUUUAACUCUUUCCUGAAAACUCAUGUAAACACAACAAAGCUACUAAAGGCUUUGAUGGUCAGCCUCGCCAAAAAAACCACAUGUGUAUGAUCAGUAAAUGUGAUUAUUAAAAGCCCAGGUGUGGGAAGAGGACGACCCCAGGAACACUGAGAGCAGCCUGCGAUUACAUUAUCAGAAAAAAACAUGAGGAAAAAGCAGAAUGUGAAAAACAGGAAGGCAGAAGAGACAACAGUUGUGCAGGAGUUUGCUGUGGAAAAAAUUAUACGUCGAAGAGUCAAUGAUGGAAAAGUGGAAUACUAUCUGAAGUGGAAAGGAUUCACUGAUGCUGAAAACACUUGGGAGCCAGAGGACAAUCUGGACUGCCCCGAGCUGAUUGAAGAGUUUCACAGAAACAUGGCUGUCUCAGGUGAGACAGAAGGCAAGGAAAAUCUCACACUGGAUUCUGUUAUUCAACCCAAAGAAGAACAGACAGAGCUGGAUGCAGACAUUCAGCAUCAGCCUGAGAAAGAGCAGACAAUGUGUGAGACUGGGGAAUCUGCAGAUCGCGACACAGAGACCACCAACAACCAACCCCUAAUACAAGAACCAGAACGCAUCAUUGGCUCCACUGAUCGACACGGACAGCUCAUGUUCCUAAUCAAAUGGAAAGACACAGACGAUGUGGCGCUGCUGUCAGCCAGGGAGGCCAGUGUAAGAUGGCCCAAGAUGGUUAUCAGUUUUUAUGAGGAUAAGCUGAGCUGGCAUGAGGAAGAGGAACAGUGACUAAACGAAAUGAACUAAACGAUACAUCAUGGCAGCUUUUUUCAUUUCCACUCAAACACAUCCAAUGGGGUUUCCUGUCUGUGAAAAGUCUUGUUGUGAAAGUGUGUAAAUCCCCAUACACUGUGAACCAUGUCAUAGCACACUGAACUGCACUGUAGGAUGAAAUGUUUAGAAUAUUAACUAGAUUAUAGGUCUAAAUGGUUGGUAAUCGGUGCUGUAUUUAAACUGUAGAUUUGUUUAAAAAGCGUUACCCUAUUGUUUUACUGUCUUUUAAAUUUGACUUGACUUAAAAAGACCCAAGGGGUCAGAUCAUAUACUAAUGAGAACUUGGAUAUUAGGAGUAAUCACUGUUACUGUUGAUCUCUGUGUAGCUGUUUUAGCACUUCUUCUACUGUGAUUAAGACCAGUGAUCUGUGAAAUUUGUAGUUUUGUUCAUUUGCACAAAUAAAUACAAAUGUAGCAUUAUAAGACCAUGUUUUCUUUAAAAGCACUGAUAGCACAGUGUGAUAUUUUAUUACAUCCCUGCCAGCACAGUGCAUUGCGUUACAAAAUGUAGUAUGUCAGUUUCACUUUUGUGUUCUCCUUAUGGUUUAUUUGUGGAUUUUAAUGAGCAGCCAGAACAAUAAAUUUCAGAUUAACUUGAGAAA